AGAGAGAGAGAGAGAUGGAGAGCGGGGAUGGAGGAGAUGGGGAGAUCGAGAAAGAAGAGGACUUGGAGAUGGGGGAGCUGCUCAAGGAUCGUUUCAGGCUCUCCGUCAUCACCAUUGCGGAAUCAGAGGUCAAGAAGCAAUCCAUGGAGGUUUCGGAGACCGUGGUGGCGUGUAUCGCUGAUCUGGCUUUUAAGCUCACAGAACAGUUGGCGAAAGAUGUAGAGAUGUUUGCGCAGCAUGCUGGCCGGAAAUCUGUGAAUAUGGAAGAUGUUAUUUUAUCUGCUCAUCGAAAUGCACAUUUGAUGACCUUGUUGCGGAACUUCUCUCAUGAACUGAAAGGGAAAGAUCCCCAAUCUGAGAGGAAGAGAAAGAAAUGCUCAAAGAAGAAUGAUAAGUUGCUCCAAACUUGAUUGAGGAACUCUCUGAUGCCUAAUCUGCAGUAAGUGGUAAUCUUUUAGUUUUUUGGGAAAACUAAAGCGAAGCUUAAUGUUUAAUGCUUUUCCAUCAAAAGUUUGUUCCAGUCCUUGCCAGAAAGGUCUUGAGAUUUUUUUUUUUGUAUUCAUAGCCAAAUAUUUUCACUGGAAUCCUAAAGCCAUCAAGUAUCAUGAGAUUUACUAGUUCUACAUGCUUCUGGCCUAUUGUUGUCAUGAAUUGGACAUUGGCUUGUAUUAUCUGAUGGUCAUAGUCUUCAAUUAUACAAGUGAUCCUCAUGUCUCA